GAGGACAUUUUUUCAUGCUAAAAGUGGAAAUUUUCCCCACCCUUGUCAUUACAUAUUUUCCUAACAUUUAUGUUUUGGACUUUGUCGUCCUCUGCUUCUGCAACCUCUCAAUGUUUAUAUCUAUAAACGCAUCCCUUGCCAGCAGUUCUAUAUCAGCUAACUAAAUUAGUUAAGCUCCGCUUCUUCUCUUCCAUGGAGACUUGGUUCCUAAUGGCCGUCACUCUGUGCGUCGCGGCCUUAAUCAACUCCCUCCUAGGCCUACUCUCCGCAUCCUCAGGCCCCAAGAUCCCCCCAGGCCCAAUGACCAUCCCUGCGCUCGGGAGCAUAACAUGGAUCCGUAAGGAUUUCUUUGAUGUCGAGUCCAUGAUCCGAUCCCUCCAUGCCAAGCUUGGCCCCAUAGUGGCCCUCCACAUAGGCUCCUACCCUAUGAUCUACAUCUCCUCCCACUCCCUAGCCCACCAAGCUCUCAUUCGGAACGGCGCCAUCUUUGCUGACCGUCCUCCGGCUAUCCCCCUCGUCAAGAUCAUAAGCUGCAACCAGCACAGCAUAAGCUCCGCCUCCUGUGGCCCCAUGUGGAGGACCCUCCGCCGCAACCUGACUGCAGGGAUCCUCCAUCCAACCCGUGUGAAGUCCUUCUCAAGGGCUCGCAGAUGGGUGCUCGGGAUCCUGCUGGACCAGCUGAGGGCAGCUGGGCCUUCCACUGCCAUGCAGGUGGCAGGCCACUUCCGGUACGCAGUGUUCUGCCUUCAGGUGCUGAUGUGCUUCGGGGAUCGCUUGGAGGAGCGGCAGAUCAAGGAUGUACAAGCAGUACAAACAGCGCUGCUCCUGAGAGCGCCACGGUUCGCUAUCCUCAACUUCUUGCCAAGCAUUGGAAAGAUUCUGUUCCGGCGUCAAUGGGAUGAGUUUCAAAAGCUCCUUCGCAAUCAGGAGAACGUAUUCCUCCCACUAAUCAGGGCUCGCUCAGCGAUCAGGGACAACAAGACCAGAGAGGAUGACAGCAAUGCCGAAAAUGUCGUGUGCUACGUGGACACAUUACUCAACCUGGAGAUGCCGGAGGAGGGCAAGCGGAAGCUCACCGAGGCCGAGAUUUUGGGCCUUUGCUUGGAGUUCUUCAUUGGGGCGAUUGACACGACCUCCUCUGCCCUGCAGUGGAUCAUUGCCAACAUAGUGAAGUACCCGGCCAUCCAAGAGGCCCUUUACUGUGAGAUCCGAGCUGUGGUCGGCCACGAGGCAGCUGCCGUGGAGGAGGAUGACCUGCAGAAGCUGCCGUACCCGAAGGCUGUGAUUCUGGAGGGGCUGAGGCGGCACCCUCCCACCAACUUCAUGCUGCCACAUGCGGUCACAGAGGACACUGAGCUCGGGGGAUUCCUGGUUCCGAAGAAAGGGACGGUCAAUUUCAUGGUGACAGACAUGGGCCGGAACCCGGACGUGUGGGAGGAUCCUUUGGCCUUCAAGCCGGAGAGGUUCCUAUGCAAUGGCGAUGGGAGUGGGGGAGGGGCCGAGGUGUUCGACAUAACGGGAACCAGGGAGAUAAAGAUGAUGCCGUUUGGGGCAGGGAGGAGGAUGUGCCCAGCCUAUGCCUUGGCACUGUUGCAUUUGGAGUACUUGAUGGCGAAUUUGGUGUGGGCAUUGGAGUGGAAGGCCAAGGACGGUGACGAGGUGGACCUGUCGGAGAAGCAGGAGGUGACCGUUGUCAUGAAGAAUCCAUUGAAUGCCAUUGUUAUUCCAAGGGCGAAAUGAAACGAAUAUUUAGUCGGAAGGUGUUAUUUUUUCCGAUAGAAUGGAUAAUAACCGAUCAAAAUGUUUGUAAAUGAGAUUAUUAUGGUCGCAAUUUAUCUUCUACAUACAUCCUAAUUAGAUGAUUUUCAAUCGAAAAGUGAUUGAGUAACAAUCAGCAAAUAUUUGCUUGAAACGAAGAAUAUCGAAAUGAAUAAGGAAGAUUUCUUUUC